AUGGAUUCGUUUCACAUUGAAACGAAUGAACUUGGUUUGCUCCAAAAAAUUGUUAUUGGGCAUGAUCACGUUGGCUAUGGAGCUGGAGUAUUUAUCGAACGAGUUCUCGUGACCGAAAACGUUGUUGACGGGCGGCAGUAUCUUUUUCAAUGCGCUAAAUGGCUGGACAGUGGUCAGGUUGAUGGAAAAAUUGAGCGGACACUCAAAACAACUGCUUACUGCUACAUUGCCACGAUACCGGAUGAUUCGAAAAGCACAAGCGGCCGAUGGGAAUUCAUAUUGCAUUCGGGUAAAAAAGAUGGUACCGGUGCUACAACUUCCAAUUUGAAUAUUGUCGGAUAUGGGAAUCGUGGGAGCUCAGUAACAACAAAAAUUUAUGAUAAUAAAAUGGCAAGUGCGCCCUCUUCCUCACUCGUGCAGGUUGAUUUUGGCGAUAUUGGUGAUUUAUUAAAAGUUCGUAUUGAAAUUGAUGGGAACGGUGAGAUGCCAGAUUAUUUUCUUGACUAUGUUGAGCUCAAGGAUUUGGAUACCGAUGAGCGGAUGGUUUCAUACGUUGCAAAAUGGCUUAAAAUCGGCCACAGCGAAAAACAUGCACAGCCAUUCCGCGAAUUUCCGGUAUUUCGAGCGGCAUUUGAGCCACUAACUGGUAAAAUCAAGCUGAGCUCAAGGAGGCGUCGACAUUUGAAAGAUCCAAUUGGAUACGUCCAACUAUUCGGUGAAAUUGGUGAAACGGGUCGUUUCCCAGUCAAUUUAGCCUAUGCUUCAAAUUCAAAAACGGAAAUUUCAUUCAAAGCAGAGGCUGUAUCAAUUGGACGAGUGCAUAGUACACGGUUAUAUGUGAAAACCAAUGAAAUCGGUAAAUUCAUGAAAAUUUAUAAUUUUUAUCCAAAAACAAAUUUAAACUAA